AUGUCCACGGGAGUGGCGCUGUUGCUGUCGCCUGUGACGAUAGCGUUUUGCCGGCGGAAAUCCACAAGACUGACGGCCGUCAUGGGCGGCCUGAUCACCGCGCUGGGAUGUCUUUUCACCAGUUUCGCCACUCAGUUCCAUCAAUUAUUCUUCAGCUACGGCACCGUCAUCGGGAUCGGAGUGGGCAUGACCAGGGAUUGUUCCACGCUGAUGGUGGCGCAGUAUUUUAAGCGGAAACGUGAGUUCGUCGAGAUAUUCAUCGUGUCCGGCAGCGGGAUGGGCAUAGCCGUUAUGUCGAGCUUCAUCAAAGGAGCCAUAAGCGCCAUCGGCUGGCGACUCGGACUCCAGCUGGUCACCGCCACGGUGUUCACCACGUUCCUGUUAGGCACGUGCUACAGGUCGGCGUCGCUGUACCACCCGCAGAGACGGGCCAUCCUGCACCUGAAGAACCAGAAGCGGAAGAUCAAGGACAAGAACCGGCACGACGACCGGCCGCCGUUCCUCGACUUCACCACCCUCCGCAGCAAGACCGUCCGAAUCCUGCUCGUGUCCACCGGCAUCAGCGCGUUCGGCAUAAACACUCCGAUAUUCUACCUGGCUCACCAGGCCGAAGAGGACGGACUCGGCGACUCGGCGCUGACGUUGCAAGUGCACAUGGGACUCGCGUGGACGGUGGGUUGCGUGGCGUUCGGGUUGAUCGUAGUCCGGAACUCGGUGGAGUGUCGGAUCGCCAGGCAGUACCUGUGCCAAGCGUCGGUGUUCAUGUGCGGCGUGUCCAUACUGGCGCUGACCACGGUCCGCGGUGACCGGCAGGGGUACGUCAUGUUCGCCUGGGUGUACGGCAUGUUCUGCGGCGGGUACCAUUACUCGCUCAAGAUGUACACGUACGAGAGGGUCCGGGCCCGGAACUUUGCCCGCACGUGGGGCUUCGUCCAGUGCUCGCAGGCCAUACCCAUCGCCCUAGGGGUGCCAAUAUCCGGUUACAUCAACAUCGGCUACGGCUCCAAGACGGGUUACUACUUCAGCUCGGCGUGCGUGUUGCUCGGCAGCCUGACCAUGUUCUUCAUCGACCUGCACCGGAGGAAUGUGGCCCGGCACAAGCACAACGAGUCGGGCACGAAGAAGCUGUGCGUGUCGGACUCGUGUCCGCAGCGCCGGAGGCUGUCGUUCACCGUCGAACCCGAGGAAGUGGUGGUGAUGGAACCGCCCCUGAACAUGCAAGGCGUCGGGCUCGUCGGUGGCGCCGGCGGUUUGGGGUUGAUGAUGGGCGGGGGCGGAAGCGGCGGAAGUGGCGGCAGCGGAGGCGGGGGUGGUGGACCCAACGACAAGCCCGAGCUGACUUGCAUCUCCGAGGAGGGCAUCGCCGACAUGGAUCUGCCAGACAACCUGCUCGACGAUCUCGACUACAUCGGCGACUGCAUCACGUCGUGCAACAAGGUGGAGAACUACCUGAUGCUGAGCGAGUUCGAGAACAACCUGAUCGCCGAGAUGCCGGUCAUCAUGGACCGGAAGGGCCGCAGGUGGUCACUGGCCAAACAGGCGGAAGAGGAGACGCCCAGGGGCGGCAAGUGGCGGCUGGUCGCUGGAAACAACAGCAGGAUGAUCACUGUCAUCGACGAGGCGUCCGUGUAA